CAAGCGGGAAGCCUCCAAUUUUCAAGCGCUGCGAGCCGCUUCCGAGCCCGGAGGUCGCCCUCCUUGAGCGACAACAGACGCGGCGGGGCACCUUGGAACAAUGAAAAUAAGUGAGCUUCCCCAGUUUGAGGGGUCAUAUGAUGUCCUUUGUGAUGAUGUCAUAAGAACUAAGGGAUCAAAGUGCAGGUUCCGUCACUGUGAAAAAGCCAUUGGCAGUGAUAUUGUGUGCUCAUUAUGGAGAGAGGGAAAAUGUUCCCAUCAACUUUGCAAAUUUAGACAUAUGGAAAUACAGCAAAAAUACAACAGCAUCUCAUGCUUCUGGGAAACACAGCCUUUAGGCUGUGUGAGGAUCAGUUGUGUCUUCCAUCACAGGAAACCUCGUAAUAUCAAUGGACUUUUUCUGCCCCCUAGUAAUGAUUCCACAUUGCAAGGGGAAGUUCAGGAAGGAAUUUUGCAUGCUGCUCAAAAUCAAGAUUCCACAAAAGGUCAGGAGAAUACAUUAAGGCCUAUUCAUCCCCCACUUAUUAUUACUAUCAAUCUUGAGGAGGAAGAAGAGGAAGAACAAGAAGAAAAAUAUGCAUCUUAUUUAUUGUCAAAGACACCAGAAGAUAUAGAAGAAGAAAAGGCAAUAAAGGAAAUGUGCUAUAAAUCUGGAGAAUAUUAUAGAAUUCAGACUUCUCAGGAAAAUAAUUUAACAAAAAAUUCUUCAGUGCUGGAGAAUGAGCUCAUUAAACCUAUGGAAACAUGCAGAGAAUUACAAGAAGGUGAUGGUGUUGCAGUUCCAUCAAAGAUUAACAUUAUAGAAAGGCAAACAAAAAUAAUAGCCUCAGUGGACAGUUGCUCUAAAUCUGAACUUAGUGCCUUUGAAAAUGGAGGAGGUGAUUGUUACUUGUCACAAAGAAAUAUAUUUGUUGAAGGGAUACAAAACAAAAUGUUCAAUGGAGAGAAACAAUUUACCAUGCUAAAGUGUUUAAAUGUUAAAGCUACAAGCCAUACAGAAAGCAUCAAGAAGCAUCAUUUUAAGGGAGUAAAGAAAAAGAAAUGGCUAUCUGAGGAGUCCAAAAAUUUUCCUGCCCCUUUGACAACAAAAGCAAUGCAUACUUCAAACUCUAAAAGUAAAGGGAAUUGCCAACAAAAUGAUCAAAUCAAGAAUGCUGAGAAUGCCUCUUAUGUUCCUUCUCAGAGAGCCAAUGGGAGAAGUAUUUCCUUGAGUGCUCCAAUGGCUGGAAGGUCACAAAAUCUCACCUAUGCUAAAAUUGGGGUAGCCAAAGAAUCCAAAAUGAAUUUAUCUACAGAGAGGUGUGCUUCAGCGUAUAAUAUUCCAGCCUGGAGAAAAAGAAGCCCGCAUUCUAAAAUAUAUACUAAACCUGAAAAAAUACAUUCAGGUAUUUAUAAGGUGAUAGUAAUAUACUGCAAAUAUUGAAAAUGAAGCAAUCAAGAAUAUGGAGAGAGAUUUUUAAGAGAUCAAAAUAUUUUUUCUAUUGCUAAUGGAAAAAGGAUAAAUUCAUGAAAUAAAAUGCUACCUAAAGUCAAUUAAAACUUGACUAAGGAAAAUGCUACUUACUUUACAAGUAAGUGUGGAUAAUGCAAGUAAUGCAUAAAGUUGUGGUCCAUUAAGAUAUGGCAACUUCAAAUAAUUGCUUUCUUCAUGUUUGUGAAGCCCCAUUUUUAAAUAUAUAGUAACAUCUAGGAAUCCAGAUUAAAUUAUUAAUGUCACAAUCUAUGGUUUGUUGUAGACCGCCUUGACUUUCAGAUUUUAUGUCAUUGUAUUUUAAAACUUUCAUAUGCUUUCAUUUCAGAGCCCAGAAGAAAUGGAAGUAGAUAAAAUGGAGGUUAAUUUUAAAGAGAGGAAAGAGGGAAUAAAGAAAUGGUAUAUUGCUCUUUUAGGGUUCGCCAUCAAAAGAGGACAAAAUAUUCAAAUUCAAAUGAUUUGGUUAUCAGGAAAUCCAACUGGAGAUCUAAGGUGACAAAAACGUUCUAAAAUUCAGGAAGUAUAUGUGCUAAAACAUUUACAUUAAAAUAUGUAAACAAGCCAUUUAUUUCUGAAUCAAUUAUUUUAAUAUGAACUUGGACUGAAAGUUUUACUGUUUGGGAGUAAGUAUAGGCAUGCUUCAUAAGUGCUUUGGAUCCCAUAUGAGAGCAAGCACAUCUCUAUUAUUCAAUAAAGCCAUUUGUUUUCCAUACUUUUGUCAAAAUCUGAACAAAGUUGAGCAGCAGAGAGUACUAGGCUGUUUCUUAAUCACUUUUGAAAGCAUGGACAAAUGUCCUGCUUAACAAUGGUGGAAUGUGUUCUCACAAGAAAAGAUGUUUAGAAUAUUUUGCUUUUUUCAACAGCGAUUAGCAUUAUUUUAAUGACAAUGGUACUAAUGAGAGAAACACCAGUCUUCUUCCAUAAUGUGGAGCUACUGAAAACACUGUGAUGCAAAGAUAACUGACUAUAGGUCCUACUAAUAUUUUCUGUUCUUCCAGAGAAUAAUCAGCAUAUAUACAUCAGCAUAUUUAAUUCCGACCAUGUUUACAUAAAGAUUUUCUGAAUAUUGUAAUUAAGUGACAAUCUAUAGGCUGGAAGCAGUGGUGAGAUUUAGCCAGUUUGCACCACUUCGGGAGAACUGGUUGUUAAGUUUCUGAGCAGUUUG